AUGUUGCUCUCCAGUUGCAAGAUGCAGCUGGCUGCACGCCCGCACCCAAAGAAACUGAAUGCUGACGCAGUUGACUUCUCAGGGAUGGUGGAUGACGAGUUCCUUGAGAGAUUGAGCAUAGAGAAGGGCACGAGAAAGGUCAUAAACCAUGAGGAGAGGGGACAGGUCUUGCGUGCCAUGGAUGGGUGCAGCUACAAGGCUGCAGCUGGAGGCUCCCUGUCCAAUUCGCUUGUGGCGCUGGCAAGGCUUGGUAGUAGCCAGUCUGCUGGCUACCCUGAGCUUAAAAUUGCGAUGGCCGGCAGUGUGGGCAGUGACCCACUAGGUAGUUUCUACAGGUUUGCAGCUGAUCCUGAUAUCCUAUUUCUGCACAAGCCUUUAGAGUAUUGGCUGAUAUCAUGCAUUUUGUUCAAUCACGCUUUUAGGGCAAGUUGCGCCGUGCUAAUGUGCACUUCUUGUCUAAGCCGGGAUAUUGUAGGAAACUAUGCAGAUAUGCUGUUUGCCAACGCCAAUGGAGCAAGGGCCUUCUGCGAGCUACCCUCAACAGACAGCCCCAUGUCAGCCACAAGAUACUUAAGCCACUCCGUUCCCCUAGUAUCUGUGACUGACGGCAUGCAUGGCUCCUACAUUGGGGUGAAAGGUGAAGCAAUAUACAUCCCUCCACCAUCCUGCAUACCAGUGGACACUUGUGGCGCUGGCGACGCAUACGCUUCUGGUAUUCUGUAUGGCAUCCUCCGGGGUGCUUCCGACCUGAAAGGCAUAGGACUACUGGCCUCGCGGGUAGCUGCUGUCGUCAUCGGGCAGCAAGGCACACGCCUGCGGGUUCAGGACGCCGACGGACUGGCUGAAUCGUUUGCGCAUCACCUGGAUAGCUUGGAGUUCUGCUCAGAUGUUUGA